UCCCACAUUAUAUUCAAAUCUCAAGACAAAUAACACAACACACACAAAGAAAGAAAUAAACUUUUAACAAACAAUCCUCUCAGACAAAACAAUCUUCAAAGCUUCAGCUCUUCAAAAUGGCUUCUCCAAACUCACCAACCAGACCGACCCAACAGAACACAGAACCCACUUUCCACGAUUUCCUUCCAGCGAUGGCCGGGAAGCUAGGCGGCGAUGGUCUGAUCGGAGAGCUCUGCAACGGAUUCGAGCUGUUGAUGGACCGAGAGAAAGGCGUCAUCACGUUCGAGAGCCUCCGGCGUAACGCGGCGGCGGUGCUGGGUCUCGGAGAUCUGACGGACGAAGACGUAAGGUCUAUGAUCAAGGAAGGGGAUUUCGACUGCGACGGGGCGUUGAACCAGAUGGAGUUCUGCGUGUUGAUGUUUAGGCUUAGCCCCGACUUGAUGGAUGCGUCGAGGUGUCUGGUCACGGAAGCCAUCGAGGAGGAAUACGCCCGGUAUUAAAACACUCUGGAUGACACCGAGGGUUUACCUCUUCCUAUGAUUUUAACUGAUUCGAUUCUUACAUUUAUUUGUACUCAUGUUGUUACUAUCAUUCACAAAAUUCUUGGAACUAUACGGUAUAAAUUGGAUAAAAACUCGGAAGUUACAGUUUA